UGUCUCGACUUGCCACAGUCAGCUUUGGGAGCGCCUAUCCCAAGCUACUCGGCCUGUGAAUUUGCCUGCUGUCAAUUUGGUCUUUCACUGCAAAAUGACAGAAAAAGGACUUACGGAUGAGGCUGUGUCCGCAGCAUGCAAAGAAGGGGACCCUAUCACCCAGGAUUACAUGUUGCAGCAAACUAUGCUGAGGGUGAAAGACCCACUCAAGUCUUUAGACUUCUACACACGCAUCAUGGGCAUGACGUUGCUGCAGAAAAUAGACUUCCCAUCAAUGUGCUUCACACUCUACUUCCUGGGUUAUGAGGAAAAGAAGGAAAUCCCUGCAGACAUAAAGGACAAGACAGCAUGGACUUUCUCCCGACGAGCCACCAUUGAACUCACACACAACUGGGGCUCUGAAUCAGAUGAAAAUGUAUCUUAUCACAACGGAAACGCUGAGCCAAAAGGUUUUGGGCACAUCGGAAUUGCUGUACCUGAUGUUUAUGCAGCCUGCAAAGUAUUUGAAGAAAAAGGAGUAACAUUUGUUAAGAAGCCAGAUGAUGGUAAAAUGAAGGGACUGGCCUUUAUACAGGAUCCUGAUGGAUACUGGAUUGAGAUUUUGAGUCCAAACAACAUGUUCACUGUAACGUCAUCCAAGCGUCAAACUGAGAUAGUACAAACUGACUUGGUCAGAAAAAGGAUGUGAUGAAAAAGUAAGAGAGAAAUUGGAGGAACCAAAGGGUGUUAUGUGAGGAAAUUAAGAGGUGAAGAUUGAGUAUUUGCUUACGAUUGGGAUCACA